UUGGUUGAAUUGGAAGCAGUUCCAGAGAAGAAUGAAAAACUGAUUGAGGAGUUAAGGCGACAUGAAGAAAAUCUGAAUAAAGAGAAGGUGAAGGCAGAAGUGGAGCGUGACAAAGUGGUUGCCAGCAUUCAACAAGAAACACAAGUUCUUCAAGAUCAAAAAGAAGCUCUUGAGACUAAAUUACUGAGUCGACAGAAGGUGACUUCUGAACUUAAAGAUCGGUUUGAUGUGGCCCAGUCUGCUUUGGAUAUUUAUUUGAGCACCGAACAAAAUGAAAAGAGCAAAUUAGAAACAAUGCAGGCAAACUUGGAAAACAGCACAAGAACUUUGCAAGAACGUGAAGAGUAUUUGAAGAAAUUACAGAAAGAAAUACCAGAACUUACAAAGCAGUUUCAGGAAGCUCAGACAGAACUACAAAAAGUGCAAGUUGAAGAGGCAAAGCAGUCAGAUGCCCUGCGACAAGUUCGAUCAAAGGUUGAGGAGAAUCGAAUUUCAAUGCAAGCAACUCGCAGUCAGGGAAGAGUGUUGGACUUCAUCAUGAAUCAAAAGCAAAGUGGUGCCAUUGAAGGCAUUAUGGGGCGUUUGGGAGAUCUCGGUGCUAUUGAUGCUAAGUACGAUGUAGCUGUGUCCACUGCUUGCGGUCCUCUGGAUAAUAUAGUUGUUGACACUGUUGAAACAGCACAAGCUUGUAUCAGAGCUCUAAAGGAUCAUGAUGUUGGCCGUGCCACAUUUAUUGCUUUGGAGAAACAGGAAUACCUUAGACCUCAAACAGAAUCACGCAUUAACACACCUGAAAAUGUUCCAAGAUUGUUUGAUCUUAUAAAAGUUCAAGAUAAUUCUGUCAAGACCGCAUUUUACUAUGGCUUACGUGAUACACUAGUUGCAAAUGACCUAACUCAGGCUACAAGGAUUGCAUAUGGUAGCAGGCGUUACAGAGUGGUAACUUUGGAAGGUCAACUUAUUGAGACGUCAGGCACUAUGAGUGGAGGAGGUCGAACCAAAUUACAGGGGCGGAUGGGUAACAAAAUUGCUGGUCCUUCAGUGUCACCCCAGGAACAGGAAAAAAUGGAGCGAGAUUGUGAAAACCUUGAGGCAGUAGUUAUCAAACUCCGACAGCGCCAAUCCACACUUGAAGAGCAAGUGCAACAGAUCAAUUCAUCACUUCCACAAAUGCAAAUGAGACUAAAGAAGGGCAGUAUGGAGAUUCAGUUGUUAAAAAAUCAGCUGCCUGUUUUGAAAGACCAAUUGAAACAACAACAACAGAAGCUGGAAAAAGCAAAACCAGAUCCGAAGGAAACAAAGAAAUUAGAAGAAACUAGGGAUGCUGCACAGAAAGAGUACAGUGAAGCCGAAGAAGAGAAAAAGACUGUUGAAAGAGAGGUCAAAAAGAUCCAUAACAAGAUAAUGGAAAAAACAAAAGGUCGAGUUGCUGCUUGUCAAAAAGUUGUUGAUGAUAUAAACGCAAAACUUGGCAAAACUCGAAAAGAAUGCACUAGUUUGAGUGUUGCUAUCAAAACUGCAACAAGAAAUCACAAAAUUUGUCAAGAUAAAAUCAAGAACUUGGAAAUUGAAAUAGAAGAAAGUGUCAAAAAACUGAUGGACCUGAAGGAACAAAAAGAAACAUUUGAACAAGAAGGCAAUAAACUCCUUACCGAAAUGGAUGAUCUUGCUGAUGUAAUUGUGCAAAAAGAAACUGAAAAACUUGAGCUGAAAGAAAAGCAGCCUGACAUAUCUGGAAACAAAACAAACUUGAGGAGCAAGAAACUUGAAAAAGAACAGAAAUUAGAGGCUUGUCUAAAACAGAUUAAUGAUCAUCAAAAUAGCAUCAUUAAUUAUAAAAAGAAGAUUAAGGAAUUAAAAAUUCAUGAAGUUCCUGGGAAGCCUCUUGUGGAGUUGAAAACAUACACCUUGGAGGAAAUUACUGCAGUUGAAAUGGAUCGGCUUCAGUAUGAAGUGAGUGUGAAGGAGCAGAAUCUUUCUGAAAAAGCUCCAAAUUUAGCAGUGCUUGCAGAAUAUAAGGAAAAGACCGAUUUAUUCAUCCAACGAACAAAUGAAUUAGAAGAUGUAACAUUACAUCGUAACAAAGCCCGACAGUUUCUAGAAGAAGUAAGACAACAGCGUUUGUCAGAAUUUCUGGACGGCUACAGUAUUAUCACUCAUAAGUUAAAAGAAAUGUAUCAAAUGCUCACUCUGGGUGGUGAUGCUGAGCUAGAACUUGUAGACUCUCUUGAUCCCUUCAGUGAAGGAAUUGUUUUCAGUGUACGCCCCCCUAAGAAGUCCUGGAAGAACAUCUCAAACCUUUCAGGAGGAGAGAAAACUUUGUCGUCUUUGGCCCUUGUAUUUGCAUUGCACUAUUAUAAGCCCUCUCCCCUCUUUGUCAUGGAUGAGAUAGAUGCUGCUCUGGAUUUCAAAAAUGUGUCAAUUGUGGGGAACUACAUUAAAGAUCGGACAAAAAAUGCCCAGUUUAUUAUUAUAUCAUUGCGAUCCAAUAUGUUUGAAUUAGCUGAUCACCUCAUUGGAAUUUUUAAGACAUGGGAUUGCACAAAGAGUGUUACUAUUAACCCCAAAGCAUAUGGAAAGAACAGUAGACCAGUGACUUCACAAUUAUUAUAUUUUGUAAUAAAAUAUGUAUAUUAUAGAAUAAGAUAUGGACGGAAGAACAGACUUGUUGAACUG